AUGCCUCUCUUCCAGCUCUACUUCACUCCUGCACUGCUGCUGCUCGUGCUCACCUGUCCUCAGGUCAGCCAGUCUGUGCCUCUGAUGGUUAAAGGAACGGUGACAGACUCCUUGGUUUUCUCCGCUCAGAUUCUUCUACAGAGCAUCACUGGUGUACUCUCAAAGGCUGAGCCGUUUAGUGGAAUCAACUGCAGUCAGGAGAUGGUGAAGCUGAACAACGAGACAGACACGCCAUCAGUAUGCGCACCAAAGGGAUCAAAAUGCUCAGGAAUCAAUAAGACGGAAUUUGAUCAGGACUUAUGUCUGGAAAACAUAGGGAAGGAUCUGCAUCACUACUUCACAUUUCUAGCUGCUCAGUCGGACCCUGGCAAAUUUAUCGACCCAACUCUGUCUGGUCUGAGAGAGCUCAUGCAGAACUUCUUCCCAAAGCAUCUGCCAUCAGACCUGGUCUCAGAGGAGGAUGCCUCAGAUAAUUCAAGCAGCUUCGAUAAAAAGCUGAACCUCUGCAAAGUGCUGAAGGGCUUCCAGCUCCGCAGCAUCACAAUCAACAGAGUCCUUUCUUACAUGAACUCUGGUGAACAGACUAAAUGA